GCGUCCCCACGUUCACAUCGUCGUCAGUUCAGUUGCGAAGCUCACACGGAUAUUCCGGCGAUCAAUUAGAGCCCGGAUUUCAGCCAUAUCCCCCUGCAACGCGUAUCAAUAUUGUUAUAUAAGAUUAACAACUUCUGAAAUCCGCAGUGCCAGUGCUUAAAUCAAAAUGCUUGAGACCGAGGUGCUGCAACAACCCAAGCUGAACGGACCACCAGCUAGUACCGGUGGCGAUUAUGACUAUCCGUAUGUUUGCGGACUCAGUCCGGCCAUGAAGCAGGUGGCCAAGGAGGAGCUACACGAGGAUGACAACAUCAGGCGGCAGGCCUUGGCCCAGUUCCGUGAGUGGAUCGACAAGCAUCCGCAUAUCAAGAAGUGCCGUACGGACACCGUCUUCCUGCUGCGUUUCCUGCGCACCAAAAAGUUCUCCGUUCCGGCCGCCUGUGAAAUGCUAGAGCGUUACCUGACCAUCCGACAGCUGUUCCCGCAUUGGUUCAAGCAGCUGGACAUCAACGAUCCGGCCAUCAACGAGAUCUUCGAGAAUGGGUACUUGUUUCCGCUGCCGCAGCGCGACUCCACCGGGCGCCAGGUCAUCUUCUCCGUGGCCGCCAAGUUUGAUCCUUACAAGUUUACCUCUGUGCAAAUGGCGCGCGUUCACAGUCUGAUCUGCGAAGCUCUCCUGGACGAUGAAGACUCCCAGGUGGCUGGAUAUGUGUACAUCAAUGAUGAGAGUGGCAUGAACAUGGGCUUUGUCAGCUUGUGGUCUUUGACCGACCUGCGCAGCAUUGUCAAGUGCAUCCAGAACUCUACGCCCAUGCGGCACAAGGAGACGCACUUCGUCAACAUUCCCCACUACGCCAACAGGAUCAUCGAGUUGGGCGUGUCCAUGCUUAGUGACAAACUCAAGAAGCGAAUCAUCGUUCACAAAAAUGUUGACAUCUUAAAGACAAAGAUCGAUCCCGCUAUCCUGCCAAAGGAAUAUGGUGGCACCGUGCCCAUUGCUGAUAUGAUCGCCCAGUUUAAACAGAAGCUGCUCCAGCGCCGGGCGGCUAUCCUUGCUCUGGACGAUAUGCAGAUCGAGAUCACCAAGGAUGCGGCUAAUUUCGCUGGAAAUGAUAUUGGCGACAUCGAUGCCGGAGUCGUGGGCAGUUUUAGGAAACUGGAGGUGGACUAAAUCCCAAUUUUUGAUAAUCCCCAUCUCCUUAGGCUAAGCUAGGAUAGGUCAGGAUACCAUUGAGACAGUCGACAAGACACGCGGGCAUGCACACUUCGUACCUAUUUAAAAGCAUCAACACUAAAUUUUAUAACUAAGGUCUCGUCGGGGAUUAUGUCUCACUGUCGUGGGUCAUAUUUCUCCGAUCCUCAGAAUCCCAAUAAUGGAUGGGACUGUGGCUGAGCUUCCCAGUUGUUUAAUCCAUCCAUGCGUUACGUUAUGUUAAAUGAAUGUCUAUUUAAAUAUAUGUAUAUACUUAUUCUUGUGAAUUUGAA